GGCGACGAUCAAUUUAUACUGCCACCCCGCCAAAACACCAAAACAUCGACACUGCUUGAAUAAUUACCCUCUUGGACAACUCCAAAUAACUUCUACUUGAUAGAAAAUAGAUGGCUUCUAGCGCCCCAGCCAAACUAAGUCAUCUCGAGCCAUCACCUCUAGGCACAAAAGAGUAGUAAGUCUUGCGCGUUUCAAUUUACCCCGCCAACCCCUCAAUCUACUCUCAAAAACUCCAAUGAAGCUCCUUUUAACAGAAAGCUAAGAAAUUUCCUUCUCUAGCUGGGACAAACUCUAUACCAAUGAACUGUCAAACCAUGCUCUCGACGCCUCCGAUAUUGGCACCAUAUGGUUCAACGAUUCCUCCGCCGAAGACAAAAUCCUCUCCUACCUCUCGACCUCUAUCCUUACCGACCAGCUCCCUGGUCCCUCUAUAACCGCCAAAAACUGCAGCUUCCUAGACUUGGGAACCGGGAAUGGCCAUUUUCUUAUGCGAUUACGUGGUAUUAUCAACGAAGAUGAAGAUCUAGACGAGGAAGAUCCAAUUUGGGAAGGAAGAAUGCUGGGGGUGGAUUAUUCGGAACGAAGUAUCGAGUUUGCGCAACGGAUAGCAAGGGACAAGAAAUUAGAGGGUGAGAAGGAAGUGGAGUUUUUGAAAUGGGAUAUCAUGACGGAGAAUCCGGGGGAAACUGCUGUUCUGAGGGGGGAGCAGAAGGAAGGGUGGGAUGUGGUGCUUGAUAAGGGCACGUUCGAUGCUAUUAGUUUGAGUGAGGAGAAGGAUGAGAGGGGGAGGAGGAUUUGCGAGGGUUAUAGGGAAAGAGUUUUGCCUUUGAUUAGGGAGGGGGGUUUGUUGUUGGUGACGAGCUGUAACUGGACUCCGGAUGAGCUGAAGGGGUGGUUUGUGAGUGGUGAUGAGGGAGAGGGGAGGUUGGUCGUUGCGGGAGAGAUUGCUUAUAGGAGUUUUAAGUUUGGAGGAGCUGUGGGACAGACGAUUAGUAGUGUUUGUUUUAGAAAGGAGAGGUGAUACAUCGAUGCUCCCGUUCCCUGACUUAGAGGGAGCUUCAGAACUUUCGAGGUUUCUGCCAAUGUUCGUUUCCAUUCCUUCCCCCAGACCUUCUCUCAUUCCUCGUCGCAAAUUCUUUUCUGCUUACUGUUGGAAAGCGAACAAGUUGAGUGGCUAGUAUAGCCAAUAUCUCACUGUCUACGAUGAGUCUCCUCUCUCUGUGAAUUUGGGCAUCACUUCUCUGUGUUUCUGAACCAGUUGAGUCAAUGGAAGCC